AGUAAACCAGCAGAGGUUGUCAUUGCUGUGUCGGAAGCAGCUUUGCUUCCAGAUUUCCUAAUGACUCAUUUUAAGAUAGUGCCUUACAAGCCCUGGGAAUUUCCUCUGACAAGGUCCUUCAGUAUAUAAGCCAUAGAAACGGUGGAGUUCAGUCAAACACAGACAUUCUUCGACAAAUCUGCUUCCUGCUUUCCAGGAUCCCAACCAAGAAAGCAAUUCCCUGUCUUGUCAUGGACUCCAGGGCUGUGGCUGCAUUUUUGGCUCUUCUCUUGGUCUCUGCAACACUGACAGAAGGAGUCUCACUGGUCCGGAUAAGGAGGGAACUUCGGUGCCAAUGUAUAAGCACCAAUUCUGCAUUCAUCCCCUUCAAACACCUUGAGAGUGUCAGAUUGAUCCAAAGUGGGCCACACUGUAGGAACAUUGAGGUCAUUGCAACUCUUAAGAAUGGCAGAGAAGUAUGCUUGGAACCCACUGCAAACUGGGUGAAAAUAAUCAUCAAGUCGUUUCUGGAUAAGGCUAAGGCCAAUGCCGAGACACAGUUGUAAGAAAAGCUUCAGAUGAUCUCACCAUCGGCAUCCUUGAAAGAUACUGAGCCAUUUCCACCAAACCUAUAUUUUAAGAAGAUCCUUUUAUAUCAAAGAAUUUGGAAAAUGUAUUUAUUGUACAACUUCAGUGAGAGAAAGUCUUUAGAAAGAUAUGUAUCAUAUGCAUAAAAGAAAUGCCCUGAUGCAAAGAUGAGAUGGGCAAGAAAGAUCUGGAAAGCAAAAUAUAUUGCUAAAUGCAGUUAAAAUGGAAGCAUCAUGGUGGUUACACAAGGAUACUAUGAUAGUGAAACGAAUUGGUAACAGAUCCUGUUGCCCUUGGGCACAGGGAAACCAAUAGAUUUGCAUAAAUAUGGAUGAAUCAGAGCCAGCCUCAGGCUGUCUAUUGUGAGAAUCAGGUUAGAGUGACAGUCUCAGGAGAUCCAGGUUGAAAUCCCAGUUUGGCCAUGAAACUCCUGAGAUGCUUUUAUCUAGUCACCCUCAGCCUUUCUACCUCAUGGGAUUGUUGGGAGGCUGAGGGGCAGAGAAUCAUAUCUCCUGGGCCGAGCAUUGAUGGAAGGACCCAUUAUAUUCACAAAUGUGCAUUAUUUUCAGUGGGUUUCUAACUUAUUUAUUAUUAAUAUAAGCAUAUAUGAAGUAUUAUUUAUUAUACUAGAAAACGUUUGUGUCUGACAGAAUUUUAAACGUAUAAUGUUUAUGUUGAGGGAACUAGAGAUUUGAAAGAGUGCUUAUGGAAUAGUUCAAAUAUUUUUUUAAUUUAAAACCUCUUAGCUGAAAAGAGGCAUUUGGAAGUUUCACAUUCAUAAGAGAGAUGGUCAUUUAAGACUUAUUUAUAUAUUUAUUGAACAAUUAUUGAACACUGUCAAAAUAUUUUUGUACAACUGAUGUGCAACUAAUUAAAUUAUUUUAAUGGUGAAAUACUU